GGCGAUUCGCCAAAGAACCGCGAUCAAGAAAAAUAUUUUUUGAUAUUUUGCAGUCGGGUUUCUCGGGAUUGGUGCUGGCGCGUGCGAUUUUGGGUUCUUCGUUGUUUCCGGGGGUGGUAAUGUAAAGGGUGCCUUAAUCGGGGAUGGUUUAAAAGUGAUAGCUUGUGUAUUUUUGUUGUGUCUACCGGUUUGUUAAAAAGAUGGAUUCAACCAUGCUUCACAAACUCUUUUUGAUUCUAUACCAUGUCAUUCUGGCUUUUGGCAUGCCCCAAUCAAACUAUGCCAACCAAGCCAACAACAUAGAGUACAUUGGCGAAGGUCUUCCACCUGACGCAACCCUAGGAGGGAAACUUACGCAUCUUGAUGAUCUCAGUCCGGAUAUCAACUUGAACAAAACCCAAGCAGAUCUCAAUUGUGCAGCUGGCUCUAUGCAGAUCGAUCUGAACUUCAAAGAGCCAUUCUAUGGUAUAGCCUACGCUGAUUUUGAUAGAAACUCAGCUUGUCAAGUAGCUGGUAAAGGUGGGCUAAAAUACAAUCUGGAACUACCACUGAAAGGAUGCGGAACAAAACAGGAUCCUCAAAGAGUAUUUACCAAUAAUAUAGUGGUACGGUUCCAUCCAGGAUUGGAAAUGGACGGAGAUGAAAUUAUUACUAUAGUAUGUAGAUAUCCACCACCAAUCGUAGAAGUACCAAAAAACGAUCUUUUUAUAGCCCCUACAGCAGCACCAGUUGAACGUAGUCCUCUAUCACCACUGCCACUCCUCCUUAUCAUUUGCGGUAUCCUAUUUUUAUCCCUAUUCCUCCUGGGUUUGGCCGCUUCGUAUCUAUGUCUAAGACGAAGACCAGUAGCCAUAGCUCGCCCAUCUACAUCUCUUGGAAGCGACAUUGAGAAGUUAUCAGAAAGUUCGUUGACUUUAGCACCUCUUCGCGAAUCAUCUGGAUCCGAAUACCCUGGUGAGUCACCGUCGGAAAUAGAAGAGCAAGCUGUAGUCCAUGAAAACGCUAGCUUCUCUAGUGAUGGAUACGGUUACACCCAAGAACAGCAAGUGGAACAAGUCACUGCCUUACCUAGUACAGUACCUCGCCUUCCCGUAGCUGUAAAGGAGGACCCUCCCAAAUUUGAUGUUCAAGUAAAAGUUCGAAGAGCACCACCUCCAUCACCAUCAUUAUCAUUCACCGACAGUAAGAGUUCCAGAAGCGAGAGCUUUGCUCCUCCUGAACCCAUCAUCGAGGAAGAAGUCUUGGAAGUGGAAGAACCAGUUCCUAUAAUGGCGCCACUUCCUGUUGUACACCAUCCCGAUAUCACCCAGCACUUCGUUGAUGAUGUCUACUUAAGAACUAUCAAAGAGAAAAAGACUAUUGAAGAUAUCGAUCGCCACAAACGUCAAGUCACUCAAUUCCGCGCCGAACCCAAACCACUGCCACCUCAAACUUGGGAUGUUACCAUUAAAAACUACCCCAUCAGCCCUCAACCACCUCAGUGGGAAGACUUCUCUGACAUAUCAUCAGCCUCAGGACUUACUCUGACGCCAAAGAUGGAACGUGUAAUGAGUCUACCACCACAAGCCCAGAUAGAUGACGAUAAACUGCCUCUGAAUUCUCCCGAGUUAGUGGGUCAUUUACACCAAAUGCCGCCUUCACCUCAAAGAGCAGUCGUUACCACGGAUUUGACAACUAGAACAACAGCCACGACGAAAGAAACUACAGAUAGAGAAGAAUGGCUAAGAAUAUUUAAUGUACCUAAAGUUAAUCCUGAGGUUCCUAACUGGGAGGUAUUGAUCAGAGUACUUCAACCCAUUGAACAAGAAGAAAGUCACGUGCUGGAAACUGCAGACACUUUUAACUCACAGUUAACUAUGACAGACCGUAUGAAAUGGAGACAGAUAAUCACAACUGAAUCGACAUUAAGAACUCUACUAACAGAGGCUGUAGUACGAGAAGAUUAUGAAAGAAUUCGCAGAGAUACUCGCUUUGAGAGAGUUUUUGAACCUCCAAAAUGGGAUGUUAUUAUCAGAAUUUUGACUCCUGAAGAUAUAGGCCCGGACCAAAAAUACUUCUUCCCCCGUAGAGGCAGUUUGCCAACUCUCUUAGAAUAUGAUUCUGAUGAUGGUAGCAGCAUUAGAGAACCCCAACUCUACCCGUCAUCGAUAUCAAGAAGAUCUACGACAUUUAAAAGUGAAGCUGAUCUACGAUCAAUGACCGAGAUGACUGUAGAUUUUGGUAGAUAUCCAGAGAGUGGAGGAGCUUCAAGUCGUUUAUUGCCUGAAUCUCCCAGACUUUCCUUGAACAGAUCUCUAAGUCAACCUAGCUUAGGAAGAUCUCUCAGCGAAUACACUGAUAAGGAUCGGUGGGUCCUACCAGAUACACCAAGUGAAUUUGGUGUCACGCCAGAACACACUCCUAAACUGCAAAGAAGUCCAAAAUUGAAAGCUUUCCAUCUACCAAGGGUGCGAUUAGAUAGCGAAAGUUCCAGCAGAGAAGGGCAAGCUCAGACGUCUUGGGAAGCCAGCGAAUCAAGAAGAGUGGCUCAAACACCUGGUGGAACGACAAGCCAGGAGGUGACUCGACAAUAUAGAGGCGUAAGCAGGGGAAAAUGGGGAAAGCCCCAACCAGGUCCUAAAGGGUGGUUUCCAGAUACUACAGACAGUGAGGGUAGUUCCAAAUAAGAUCUAACUUUUUCGAUAACGCUUUGAUAAUACCAGUUUUAAGUUUAUAAAAACCAGUUUAAGUUUCGAUAAUAAUAAAUGUAACACCAUAAGUUAUUAACUCGAUUAAAUAAUAUUUUUUUAUAAAUUUGUAAAAUAAAUUUAAACCAAUUUGUAAAACAUUUUUUUUAUUAAAAGUUUACUAAAAUAAUAAAUA